AUGGAGAAGCGUGAAGAGGCAGCAGUGGUUGGCCAGGAAGUGAGGCCUGGGGAGAAAGGGGAGCUUGUUCAGAUCGAUGUCACUCGUGAUAUCACUCGUGCUGAGCACGAACUUGGCUUUUGGCAGGCUAUGAGACAAUAUCCCACCGCUACAUUCUGGGCCAUGUUUUUCAGCAUCGCUGUUAUUAUGUCGGGUUACGAUGGCCAAAUCAUCUUCUCGUUUUACGCUCUCCCAGCAUUCCAAAAGCGAUAUGGAAAUCUUGUUGACGGCUCCUACGAAAUCCCUGCCCCAUGGCAAACUGCUCUCGGAAUGGGCAAUCCAAUCGGCCAAGUCCUUGGUGCACUUGCCAGCGGCUAUCCAAUGGAACGAUUUGGCCGAAGAUGGACGUUAGCCGUGUGCUGCGUGUGGUCAAUCGGGUUUGUAUUUGUGCAGUUUUUCGCCACCUCUCUUCCGAUGCUCUGCGCUGGCGAAAUCCUGGGCGGUCUAGCUUACGGUUUUUACGUGGUAAUUGCUCCAACAUACGCGUCGGAAAUUUGCCCUCUGGCACUCCGAGGUCUACUUACGGCAUUCAUAAACCUGGCCUUUGUCAUUGGACAGUUCAUUGCACAAGGAGUCGCUGCAGGCUUAGAAGGCAGAGAAGAUGAAUGGGCAUAUAAAGCGCCUUUUGCAUUGCAAUGGCUCUGGCCGUUGGUUAUCCUCGUGGGCCUACCCUUUGCUCCAGAAAGUCCAUAUUGGCUUGUCCGCCAGGGACGCAGGGAGGAUGCCCGUAAGGCCUUGGUGAAAUUGUCGUCUUCGAAGAAUGCUCCAGAUAUUGACCAAGUGCUGCUUGGAGUGGAGCAGACGGAUCGUCUGGAACAAGAAUUUGAAGCGACGACCAACUACUGGGACUUGUUCAAGGGUGUCAACCGUGUGCGAACAGAAAUCACAAUCAUGGUGUAUUUGAUCCAAGUAAUAGCUGGAAAUCCACUUAUUGGCUAUGCCAAUUAUUUCUUUGAACAAGCAGGUCUCAAUCCUGCAGAGGCAUUCGAUAUGGGCGUUGGAAACACUGCUUUGGGAUUCGUCGGCACGAUCACAUCAUGGUUCUUGCUAAACUAUUUCAAACUCGGCCGCCGAACUAUCUAUAACACCGGCAUGUGGGUGAUGACAUUGCUUCUCUUUAUUAUCGGCUUCCUCAGUAUCCCGACUCACAAUAAAGGUGCAAUCUGGGCAAUGGCCAGCUGCAUGGAUGUGUGGACGUUCAUCUAUCAGAUGACCGUUGGGCCUAUAUGUUUUGUCGUUAUUUCCGAGAUAUCCUCUACACGAUUGCGAACGAAGUCUAUUGCGGUGUCUACUGCGGUUCAAUCAUUCUUCAACAUUAUUAGCACCAUUGCCAUGCCGUAUAUGCUAAAUAGCGAUCAGGCCAACUGGGGAGGCAAAGCAGGCUUUUUGUUUGGAGGAAUCAGCUUUUUCUGUGCUAUCUGGUGUCAUUUCAGGUUGCCUGAAAGCCAGGGAAGGACCUUUGAGGAGCUUGAUAUUCUUUUUCAAAGAAGGGUUCCAUUGAGGGAAUUCAAGACUUAUGAUCUGUUGUUGGAGACGGAAUCAGAAAAGGUCAUCACAGCAUGA